UCAAUUACCUGUGGGCAUUCCUUUUGUAAGGGAUGUAUUGGGAAAUGGAUGAAAGAACAUAAAGCAAAAGGGAAUGAUCGAUAUCCAUGCCCUGUGUGCAAUGAGCAACUCGAGAUUCCAAAGAAUGGCGCUGAUGCAUAUGGCACAAACAUAACUAUCAAGUCUAUGGUAGAGAUCCUAGAAAACCAGCUGACCAAAGGACAAAAUCGGAAUGUCAACUGUGAUAUUUGUAUUCAAGAAGGUGAAGCUGUACCUGCCAUGUCCCGUUGUGUUGAGUGUGCUGAACACAUGUGCAAACACUGCAAUAAAGCCCAUCGAAGAUCGAGAGCAACCCAAUCCCACACAAUCUAUGGGUUAACAGGAGAUGCUGAGAAAGAUGCCAGAGCUGCGCUGGACAAUUAUAUAAAGCGCAACAUAGAAUGUCCAAAGCAUCCUGAUCAGCCUCUCAGAUUCUUCUGUAAGCAAGAUAAAGCUGUCAUUUGUAGGGAUUGUUCUAUCACGGAACAUCCUGGUCACAGCUGUCAAGCCAUCGAAGAAGCAGCAAAAGGAGAGGAACGCAACAUAGCAGCAUUGCUUGGUUUAGCCAACCAGAGGAAAGAAAUAUUCGAUAAAUUCAUCAAAGAAGCCAAUGAUUCCAUUCAAUCAUGUGAGAAAAACACACAAGCUCUACUUCGAGACAUAGAUGCAGACCAUGCUGCUAAAAGGAAACAAUUGGAUGAACAUUUUGAUAAGCUCAGAAAUAAAGCCAAAGCUGCUGCCAAUGAGAAAAAGAAGAAGAUCCAAGCAAACCAGGACCAGUUCCAACUUAACAAAGGGAUAACUGAGAGUACAUUGCUUCAACUUAAUAAUCUCAGAAAAUAUAAUCAUCCUGUAGAUGUCCUCAACUAUAGUGCUACUGUACUAAAGAAACUGGAAGAAUGGUCCACUAUGCCUGAAGAGAAUGUUGUACCUCUUGACCUCUACAAAUAUCAACCUGGCAUCCUUGAUACAUCUAAUAUGGGGGUAGUACAGAUAUCCAGAAAGAUACAUCUACCUGAUAAGAGCCCAGGAGUAAAAUACAUAUGUGGCCUCACAAGAGGAUACAACAACAACAUUGUUGUAUCUCAUGGUUGGGGAGGUCUUGCAACUUAUACUGCUGAUUCCUUUACCCUACAACAUAAAGCCCAGGGUAACUUCUGGGAUGUGUGUUGUAUUCAGUCUCAAUAUUAUGCAGCUGCUGAUAAUAACAACAAAUGCAUAGCAGUAUUUGAUAAAAAGCUGGAGCAUCAGAGGAAUAUUGGGGAGUUUCAAGAUCCCUGUGGAUUAUGUGAGACAGCAGAUGGUAAACUACUGGUUGUUGAUUGGGGUGCCAAGUGUGUCUACCUUGUUGAAUGUAAUGAUGGGAGUGUAUUGGCUACUAUUGGCAAAGGCAAGCUCGCAGACCCUCGCUAUAUAACAAUAAAUCACAAAGGUAUCAUGUUUGUGUCUGAUGUUAGUGACUAUUGUGUGAAGAGGUUCACCAUGCAAGGUGAAGAGGUACCAGGUGCAUAUGGCUUCAGGGUUGCAGGAAUAGGUCAGUUGAAUCAUCCAGAGGGAGUCUGCAUUGACUCUCAGGACAAUAUCAUCAUUGCUGAUCAUAACAACCACAGAGUUCACAUGGUAGACCCUAAUGGGAAAUUCAUCAAGUACUUGUUGGUGGCUGAAGAUGGUGGUAAGAACCCCCAAUGUGUUGCCAUUGAUCAACAAGGUGAUCUCAUUGUGGGGUCAUACAAAGGAGAUCUGGCAAUCAUCAAGUACAUUGAGUAGAGGAACUACACAGUGAAACAUGGACAUGACCAAUGCAUUGAUAUAUGGAAGAGGCGCUACACAGUGAAACAUGGACAUGAUCAAUGCAUUGAUAUAUGGAAGAGGCGCUACACAGUGAAACAUGGACAUGAUCAAUGCAUUGAUAUAUGGAAGAGGCGCUACACAGUGAAACAUGGACAUGAUCAAUGCAUUGAUAUAUGGAAGAGGCGCUACACAGUGAAACAUGGACAUGAUCAAUGCAUUGAUAUAUGGAAGAGGCGCUACACAGUGAAACAUGGACAUGAUCAAUGCAUUGAUAUAUGGAAGAGGUGCUACAUAGUGAAACAUGGACAUGAUCAAUACAUUGAUAUAUGGAAGAGGCGCUACACAGUGAAACAUGGACAUGACCAAUGCAUUGAUAUAUGGACUAUGAUACAUGGACUGCCAUUCUGUUUAUUACAAAAUUCAAAUAAUAUAACACAAAAUAUAUUUACAUAGCAUAUGAUCCUACACAUAUGAAGA